GACGGGCAGGUUUUGGACUGGCGACAAAAUUGUUUUACUGUAGUCUCCGUAGUACACACAGACACACACACACACGCGCGACACCACGCCGGGUUGAUCGAGUGUUUGUGGUUGGUCAUUUACGACGAGGGCAGUGUAGCAGCGGUGGUAUUUCGUCAGCAAACGCGUUUUUUUACUUCGGAAUCUGAGCUGAAAUGAGCUUGAUGGAAGACAAACGAUCACAUUGAGUGACCCCGUGACCCCCAGCUCUUUACAAGUUUCGCUUCCUCAUGCUUGUUUUGCAUGAGUGAGGGGUAUUAAACUUUGUCAUUUAUAACAGAACUCAAUGGAGGAUGAGGUAGCUGCAGGACGGGAGAUGGCCAACAGAAAUGCACAGUUAAAUUUCUGUGACUGAUGUUACUACCGACUGCCUGGUAUUGGGAUAUGGAUGAUGUGAUGCUGUUUCCGAUAGGACGAUAUAGUUAAUGUUUUGGUGAUCGUUCCUUCUGGCUGGCCUGUUCCCUACGUUGUGUCCUUGGGAAAGGCACUUUACUCGAACUUCCCAUUUGACUCGGUCUUUUCGGAGAUGGACGUUAAAUUCAGAGGUCCCGCCUCUUUAAUAACAUAUCAGUGUUGAUAGGGGCGUUAAAUCUAUACUAUUUCAACACAACAUCCAUUUCUGGUCUGUUCCCACUGUGAGGCUGAAAACUUUUCUCAUCGCUUUGUCGGAACGUACAAGUCAGCACAAUGCUCCGGUUCAAACCCGAUGCCCUGACCCCGUCGGGCAGUCCAGCAGGUGGCCGGGAGUUUGACCUCCGUGACCUCGAGGACUGCUUCUCAGAGGACCUUGACCCCCCAAGGUCAGGGAUGUACUCCCAGAACAGCCCACCUACGGGGGUGAGCGCCAAACACGUGAGCCUAAUGGAAGCGGAACAGGGCGUGAAAGCCGCGCUCUUCAACAAGCUGCUCGUGGACCAAGUCGUGUUUGACGAGCGACUGUUUUACGCCCAGACCGCGCUGUUUCUGGCCGCCGAGUACGACUCAACGGACGCCCUGGAGAUUCUGUCGUCAGCCGGAGCCGAUCUGGACAUGGAAGACAUGUUCGGGGAGACGGCGUUGUUCGUGGCAGUGGCUAGGGGAGCCACGGGGAGCGUGAGGUGGCUCAUAUCCCGCGGUGUAGACGUCAACCACAAGACGCCGGAAGGGGAGACGGCGCUACACAUGGCCGCCAUGACGUCAUCAGAAUGUGUGCAGAUCCUCGUGGAGGCCGGCACCGAAGUGAACGCGCCCAAGACGAGGGGCGUGACCCCCCUCAUGGUAGCAGCCGUCAACUGCAGCGAGGCCGUGGCGUGUCUAAUUCAGCACGGAGCGGACGUAAACGCUAAGACAAUAUUCGGCGAUACGGCGCUUAUAUACGCUGUGCGUUCGGGUAACGUGGAAUCGGUGCGACUACUCGUGAGCCUCGUCGACGAUAUCGAUUACGGAGGAAACACGAAUCUCGGGUACGAGUUCGGAUUCGUUAAGAUGGACUCGCCGUUAGUGAUCGCUGUGGAAGGCGGGAAAUCGGAGAUCGUUCGUCUGCUGCUGGAGAAAGGAGCAGACGUUAACAGUUGUGUGAAAAACACUCAGAUACACGUUCUUCAUUUAGCCGUCGGGAACCAAAACUCUUUGCUCGUAGAAUCCUCAGCCGCCAACAUUCCAAACUCUUCAUCAUCAUCAUCAUCCAAUAGCCGGAACCAGAAUCCGAAGACUCGAAAAGACAUCGUAAGUUCCCUUAUCGAGCACGACGCAUGUGUAGACUGCAGAGACAAGUUCGGCCAGACGCCAUUAAUGGUCACCGCCAAAAACGGUGACGUAGACAUCAUGGAGACGCUGAUCGAGGCGGGCGCGGAGUUGAACGCCCUCAACUCAGCAGGGACUUCAGCGCUCUACCUCGCCGUGAUCCGGCAAGAGGUACGGUCCAUCGAGCUUCUCAUGGCGCGCGGAGCUGUCGCGGGAUUCGAACUCCAUCAAGCCGUGCUGAUGUCCGAGCGCGUGGUGAAGACGAUGGUCGACUGCGGCGCGAUGCCGGUGCUAAUGCCAUGCCGACGUCUGCAGCAAGACCGCGGGGUCACGCACCCGGUGACUCCUCUCUACGUCGCUCUCCGCUACGGCGCGCUCAACAUCGCGUCCUUCUUCAUCUCCCGAGGAUUUCUGAGAACAUGGGACCUCAAAGAGACGGCCAGAGACUAUAAGAUCAUCCAGCUCCUCAACGAGUUUAAGUACUACAAAGGCGGCGUUCCUCCCAACCUCUCGAAUCUCUUCGCUCUCCACGACCUCCAGUCGCCCGUACCCUGCUCGCUCUUCCUCUCCGCGUUCGUUCAAGUGUCCACGAGUCUCGGGUUCGGACCCGACCGCAAGGACAAGAUCAAGGACACGGGACUCCCGGUGCCUCUACAGAGGAGUCUAAUGUUCCAGGGACCUUUGACCUUUCCCCAAGACCAGGACACUGGACCAGUGUCGGAUGUGUAGGGGUUGAGCUCUUCACCGUAGUGCCCAGAAAGCGUCGGUUCAAAUCUCGUGAGGGGAUGGUUUUUUAUCAAGUACAGUCGAAAUUAACCAAUACGGCUACACAUUGCCGAGGAGAAAAGAGGUUAUCUUAGACAGGUGUAUCUCAUGGACAAUCAUGAUAAUGCCAUUAUAAUAUUAUUUUUUUAAACGUAAGGGGGAGGGGGAGGUCGUUGUUUGUACAGGUGAUUUCCUUGGGCAGACCGCUAAGAGGAGUAUAUAAAAAAAUUAUUUGACUGUAUCUUCAUCAGUCUGAUGGGAUGUUUAAUACCAAUCACCUCGUAUAGAUCGUUACAGGCUAAGUGGAAGCAGCCUACCUCCCAAAUGAUCAAAGUUGAGUCGAUGGAGGCGAAAAACCUUUACAAUUUCAAUUCCAGGACGAUGGGUCAAGAGACAUGAGAUGGAACAGAACGGGCGAAAACAAAGAAAUGUAUACAACAACAGCUUCAUGAUCACGAUGACGUACCAGUUGGAUAUUUCAUACAUAUACGGAAAACGCAUUUACUUGAGGCGGACAACACUUUAAAACAUUGGACAUUACUCAUAUUUUUAGACUGAACACUACUCAUUUUCAUAUCAUACUGAGGAAACAAUGACAUCAUUGUGGCGUCGGUGGUCUAGUGGUUAGGCUCUCGGACUCGUAACCGUAAGGUCGUGGGUUCGAA